CCGAAGGUAAUGAGUCUUCCUUACCAGCAACCACCUCUGAAAGUGAGGAGGAGAACGACCCGCAGAUUCUCGAACUAACACGACGGAUAAUCCGUUACCCGUUUCGAUGCCCAAUGGGGAUUUGCAAUGCACCGACCACAUUCCAGCGAGCGAUGAAUGUGACGUUUCAGAAUUUUGUCAACAAGACUCGACUGAUACAGGGGAUGAUCAAUUUCUGCGUCAUUGUGUACAUGGACGACAUCUUGGUCUAUUCGGAAUCCUACCACGCGCGCGCACAACACAUUGAGUGGAUGCUGGGGGCCUUGACGGACGCCGGAUUCAAGAUCGCGUUGGAGAAAAGCGAGUUCUUUCUCCCGGAGAUUUCGUUCUUGGGCUAUGUGGUGACUCGGGGUUGUUUGCGGCCCGAUUCGAGAAAGGUCGAGGCUGUCCGAGACGCUCCGGCUCCCACGAUGCUGACACAGUCAGCCCUCCAUCCCCGCCUCUCCUUCUGCGUACGGCCGCUUACAGUUCCGCUCAUCAAGCCAUUGCAUUGGGAGAUAUGGUGUGAGAAUUACUCCACCCUUUCCUUGUGCCUAAUCGGGAGCGAGCUGACUUGGACUCGGGACAGUGAGCACCGUGCCGUGAGUGAGAGUGUGGAGCUGCUUAUCAUCCAAGUCUGGAGGUCAGAGGUGGAGGGAGACCUUCUCGGAUUUGUCUUCGGAACAGUAGACCCAAGACAUCGGCAGACGAUUGUGUGGGAGCUCUUGGUCCCCUUCACACAGCUGCUCGACGAUCUUCCAACCGACAUCGUCUCGCAUUGCGACGAGAAUCCGGCGCCGCACGUUCUUUCGCGGAGUUUAACGCCGUACUUGCAAUGGUCGGCCUGUCUGGAGGAUCACGGGCGAGGCGGUAACUACCCAUCGCGCGCGGAGUAUCUGAAUCCCCGGGGGAUAAUCGAUAUCCUUUUCUUUCGGCCUCGAAUGGCGUUGGAGGAGGAGGCGGUAGAGGUAGAGGAGGAGGACGAGAAGGAAGAAACCCCUGAAGAGGAGGAAAGUUAUAGCGAGUAUAGCGAGCAAGAGUCUGGGGGGGUGAGCGAAGAAGAAGAAGAAGAAGAAGAAGAAGAAGAAGAAGAAGAAGAAGAAGAGGAAUUCGAGUGGGAAAGUUUGGGAGGAGAGGCCGACCAGGCGGAAGUCCAAGAAGAGGAUCCCGCGACAGCCGUGCGAAGGAGGGAAGAGAUAGCGGUAGGGAAGCGGCCGUUGGAGCAUUCAAGCGGCACAGAUUUGCCAAUCCGGGGCGACCUGACCAGAGAUCCCGAACCGCCCGCAAUCAGGGAUGAGCUCCCUCCUGUUGAGACAUCGAGCGCGCCGGCGUGAAGGCGACAAAGCCGCUCCCCCUCCCCUUCCCCCCGUCCCUCAGUUCGAACACGU